AUGAUGGAGUUUAUGGAUGAUAAGUUUGCGUUGAAGAGCCAGGCGAUGAAGGCCAGCGACUACUACAUGGACCAGGUCAUGGAGAGCCUGGACGGCGCGCAGUACUUCAGCAAGGCUUCCCCGAAAUGUGUGCAGGCCUUCGGGCUGCAGAGCGGCGAGCACCGGUCCUCUCCCUGCGGAGACCAGGGCGCCAAUUACGGUGUGCCCAAGGCGGACGAGGACACUCUGCACGCCGACCUGGGGAGGCCGAUGGACGGCUGCUGCGCUCUGCGGGCCUCGCCUGUGACCUCCGGGCCGGAGAAGACCGACCUGGACGACAUGGGGGACAAGUGCGACAGCAACGUGUCCAGCAGCAAGAAGAGGAGACACAGGACCACCUUCACCAGCACGCAGCUGGAGGAGCUGGAGAAGGUGUUCCAGAAGACCCACUAUCCAGAUGUUUAUGUGAGGGAACAGCUGGCCAUGAGGACGGAGCUGACGGAGGCCAGGGUGCAGGUUUGGUUUCAGAACAGAAGAGCAAAGUGGAGGAAACGAGAGCGUUAUGGACAAAUCCAACAAGCCAAAACUCACUUUGCAGCCACCUACGACCUCUCAGUCCUACCGAGGAGCGACAGCUACACACAGAUUCCCAACAACCUGUGGCCUCCUCCUCCUCCCGGCGGCUCCGUGGUCUCCUCCUGCAUGCUCCCCCGAGGCUCCCCUCCCUGCGUCGCCUCCUACUCCCACUCCCCCCGCUCGGCCGCCGCUGCCGCCGAGCACGGCUACGUGGGCUUCCCCAACCAGCAGAACCAGUUCGGCCACGUCUCCCUCAACAACUUCUUCAGCGCGGACUCCCUCCUCACGCCGGCCGCCAACGGCCACCACGCCUUCGAGACCAAACCCGAGUUCGAGAGGCGCUCGUCCAGCAUAGCCGUGCUGCGCAUGAAGGCCAAGGAGCACACGGCCAACAUCUCGUGGGCCAUGUGAUCCUGUGAAUGUCUGGAUAAUGUAUGGGAAAAUUAUAUUUUUUCACAGAUUUCCAGUUUGUACCAAGUGGGAGAAUUGACCAAAGAGUCAGAAAUCAUAUUCAAAACAAGCUGUUUGUCACUCGCAGCGCAGCAUCUACAGAUUAGUUGUCACCUUGGUGUGUUGUGAAUGAAAAUCAGCUUUGGAGUGAUGUGGCUGAUUUUACCAUCAUGCUGCCUUGGUGUUUAGAUCUAAUGGGUCAAGAAAAUGCAGUCAGGAUAACGUAAGUUAAAUGGCAAAUGUGUCAGGAUUUGUGAUUUAAUAAAAGUAAAUAAGCUCAAGGUUGUAACAAAAACAUGAAAUAGCCGUAAUGUUGUGUGACAGACAAUCAGCUGUGCAUCUGGUCUGAAGGAGAUCUACAGUAAGGUUAGACAAUCAAGUGGUCAAAGGCACUUAAAGCUACAGUUGGUAACUUUAAUGAAAUUUACUUUUUGUCAUAUUUGCUCAAACUGUCACGAUAUACUGACAGUAGAACAUGAGACGGACUAUCUGCGAAAGAAAUCAGCUUCCUCUUCCUCCUUUCAGUUCCCCAAAUUGCAUUUGCAAGAUUCCACCGCACCCGAAGAAAAACAACCAAUCAGAGCCGAGGAGUCUCUAACGCAGCUGUCAAUCAAUGCUGGUGAAGCUCUUGGACUCCGAUCAAACUGUCAAACUCGGCCUGCUGAUCAAAUAUCAAUCAAGAUUUAGUAACUGUUAUGCUUAUUACUCGCCUCAAAUGUUUACAGAAACACAUUUUAGUUAUUGUUCGGCUGCAGAACGAGAAAGUUUGACCCAGUUGGUGGGCGGUGCUUCUUUUUGACUAUAGACUGUUUUAAACACAGCAGCUGGGAAACAAGCUUCCUCAUUUUACAGCAAAACUGAAGUAUGUUCGUGAAUACAUUUGAGGCUAGUAAUGGACAAUGCAGUAACACAACAUUGAUGAAUAUUUGAUCAGUACUGCGUAUUGACAGUUUAAUUGGUCGUUUGCUGCUGUGGAAUCUUGCAAUUUCCAUCAGCAGCACUUAAAGGAGGAAGAGGAACCUGAUUUUCUUUCAAAGGUUAUCUGACAUACGUGCUGCUGUCAGGAUCCUAAACUGUAUAUUCAUAGUGGACAUAGUCAAGCCUCGAGUUCGGAAUUUUUGCCUUUGCUAUCUUCGUUUAUGGCCGUCGCCAUCUUGUUUAUUUGCAACCAGAAAUGACACGAUAGGUGGCGCUAAGUACAACCGAAAACUGAAUAAGACAUUUUUAGGCGACCAAAACGUAACAUUAACUUUUAUGAACUAAAAACACAAUGUGAAAGAGUUAAAGUUGUAGCUCCGCCCUAAAGAAUACUCUGCUUUAUGGUCUGUUUGACUCUAAAUGGAGCAUCAUUUACUAAAUGAACAUCAUGCUGUAUUGAAGAAGACUUGAAACUAGAGAUUGAGACCAUAAACUCAUGUUUACAAUGUUUACUGAGGGAAUAAAUCAAGAGAGAAGUAGGUUGACUUUCUCAUAGAUUUCUAUGCAAUCAGCCUUUUUGUUUUUCAACCAGAGGAUAAUGGCCACUAGAAAUAAUGCAGGUUCAAGGCACUUCCACAUUGGCUUCACUUUUCAGAACCAGAGGUUGCGUCCUUUCAGGAUAUAGUGACCUUAUGAGCAAUUAUGACAAAACGUUAUUUAUAUUAAAGUUACCAGCUGUAGCUUUAAAGUGGAGAUGGUCCAAACAUUCAUGUAGCUCAAUUAAAGCAGUACAAUCAUAUCAGUGUGAUUUUCAGGGUAAUGUCCAGUGCAUUGUUUUACAGCCGACAGUCCUUUUCUGGUCAGACCGGAUUAAUUGAUUAACCCCUCGUGAUCUGUGGAGGUGAGAGCUGUGCUUUCAUUGUUGUUGUCUGUUAACGGAGGUCGGGGGGGGGGUCCUCGGUGUUUCCUCGCUAUUGAGACAGAAAGAAGAGUCAAAUGGAGGUGAGGCGAGAAAAACUCCAGUGAGAUUUGACCCCAGGGUGGGUACGUGUGGAUCCACAGGGAGGGGUCCCAAACCACUACAGCCUUUUUUAAGCACUGUGAAUAAGCUUUCUUUACCAGCGGCCUUCAUCUCCCUCCCUCGUUCCAGCUCAGGGCUGAAGAUGAGCAGCGUGGAGACAAAACUAACUUGACGUACUGACGUGUCCGUGUGCUUUGCAGCAAAGCUCUGUAAUCUCUGCCGUCUGCCUCCGUU